AUGGAUGUUGAUAAAAGACCUCCUCUCGAGGGUGAUGAUGCUCAGUUGGCCGCCUUGGGCCACAAACCUGAAUUGAAACGGCAGUUCUCUACUUGGUCGAUGCUGGGACUAGCCUUUGCUGUGUUGAAUUCAUGGACUGCUCUUUCAGCCAGUCUGUCAAUUAGUCUUACAUCGGGCGGAAGUACGAGUGUGAUCUGGGGUCUGGUUACCGCAGGGUUCUGCAACCUCUGCAUCGCGACUUCGCUAGCCGAAUUUCUCUCGGCAUAUCCGACGUAUGAUAUUUCAUCAUUCUUGUGGAGGCGGGUGGGCAAUACCAUUGGGUCGCAGUCAGUAAGUUUUGAUUUUUUCUCUCUCUACACAGCCAUUGACGAGUACGAAGCUGCUUGGCCUGCAUGGGUUCCUAUACUCUCCUGGAUUACGGGAUGGAUCAACGUUGCGGGAUGGGUUGCUCUCGUAGCUACCAACUCACUCUUAUCAAGUCAAUUAAUUGUGGGGAUAAUUUCUGCCAUGCAUCCAAGUUACGAUCCUCAACGCUGGCAACAAUUCCUCAUCUAUAUCGGACUAACGCUCGGGGCAUUCUGCAUUAAUGCCUUCGGCAAUGCUAUUCUGCCUACCAUUUACCGAGGCGCUUUCACUUGGUCAAUUGGUGGCUUCGUGAUCGUUUGUAUCACGGUGCUUGCGUGCGCUUCACCUGACUAUAACACAGCAAAAUUUGUGUUUGCCAACUUCAUCAAUACUACAGGAUGGCCUGAUGGUGUUGCAUGGCUCUUGGGGUUACUCCAAGGAGGACUCGGUGUCACGGCCUUUGAUGCCGUUAGGUCCCCCAAUGCAUCCGUUGAGGGCCCUAAAAUCAUGGUCACAUGCGUCGGUAUCGGCACUGUAACCGGUGCAAUUUUCCUCAUUGUCCUGCUUUUUGUUGCAGGCGAUAUGAACAAGGUCACCACGUCUGCUGCGGGUCCCCUCCUACAAAUUCUUAUCGAUGCUACGAAGAACAAAGUAGGAGCCAUUUGUCUCUUGAUGUUCCCAAUUGUCUGUUUGAUCCUUGCUAUUCUUAGCGUGAUGACCACGAGCAGUCGAAUGAUCUUCGCCUUUGCGCGGGAUGGUGGUCUUCCCGCAUCUCGGUUCUUUGCGACCGUGCAUCCAACUCUGAAGCUGCCUCUGAACGCCCUCAUCUUGACUGUGGUGGUUGUCAUCUGCUUUGGAUGCAUAUUCUUGGGUUCAUCUAGCGCCUUCAACGCUAUCAUCUCGGCUUCCGUCGUAGCCCUCGAUCUAUCCUAUAUGAUGCCGAUUCUGGUCAAUUGCCUGCAAGGACGCAAUGCUUUGCCUGAGAGAAAAUGGAAGCUGCCUCGUGCCGUUGGAUGGUUCUGCGAUAUAGUAUCCCUGGCAUAUAUUAUUCUGACAACCGUGCUGUUCGUUUUUCCUCCUUCCAGAACAGUGACUGGAAGCAGCAUGAACUACUGCAUUGCUGCUUUUGCGGUCAUCAUCCUGAUUUCCGUAUUCCAGUGGUUCUUAGACGGGCGGAAGAACUACACGGGUCCACGAAUUGACCUUGCAUUGGAUGGACUGAAUACUAUGCCUACGCAUGAAUCUGUGCCCUCGUACCACGAGAAAUAA